AUGGCGUCGUUUACGCAGUUGCUCAUCGCCUCCGACCCGGCGGGGUACCAGCGCGCUACGCAGUCCCCCUUCCUGCGCCGCGCCGCCGAGGGCACGCUCCGCAAGGCCGUCCUCGGGCGGUGGCUGGCCAACGACCGCCUAUACAUCCACGGCUACGUGCGCGCCGCCGGGCUGCUGCUGUCCCUGCUGCCUCUACCCGAAGUCGUCGCCGUCGACUCCACCACCACCGCCGACCCCGAAUCGGAGCUCCUGGCGUGGACCGUCGACGCGCUCGUCAACAUCCAGCGAGAGGCCAGCUUCUUCGUAUCGACGGCCGCGCGGUACGGCCUCGACGUGAACCUGCCCAUCGACGCCUCCACGGGCCGCGUGCCGCCGUCGGCCAAGCUCGAGGGCCUGCGGCGCUUCGAGGCGCUGUUCGACGGGCUGCGCGCGGGCGGGGAGGAGCAGCCGCUGCCGUGGCUCGAGGCCGCGGUCGUGUUCUACGCGACGGAGAGGUGCUACCUGGAUGCCUGGACGUGGGCCAAGGGGCACCUCGACGAGGGCAAGGACGGGAGCGGUGAUGAGGAUGGCGGCGCGGUAAGGUGCGCGUUCAUCGCCAACUGGACGGACCCGGGGUUUGUGGCGUUUGUGGACAGGUUGGGCGCGAUCAUCGACGGCGCGGUCAAGGCGCAGGGCGAGACGGUCGCGGAGACGCUGAGGAAGCGUGGGCUGGUCAAGUGGCGGGAGGUGCUGGCGGCGGAGGAGGCAUUCUGGCCGAGUGUGGAUGAAUGA